AUGUCUUUGAGGGAUAAUGAUCAUAUACUUGUAGUGUUCGCUUGUUUGAGAGUGGAGAGUGACGCAGAGGCUAGUAAUAUUGGUGGUAUAGCGGUUGAUCUUUCUAAGGUAGAUAUAGUGUUGCAGUUGGAAGCUCCUAAGUCAGUUACAGAGAUCAGAAGUUUUCUGAGAUUGGUGUGCAAGGUAACUAUUGAUAUUGUGAGAUUGGGUACGCUGAAGCAGACUAAUGGUUUUCUUUACGAGAUCAAAGAUGGUCAAAAGUUGGAUGUAUCUUUGAUUGAUCCUUUGUCAUUAGUUAACCAAAGUGAAGAUGAAGACUUCAAAGUUGACGAGAAUGGGAUCUUAAAGUUUCGAAAUAGAGUUUGUGUACCCGGUGUGUCGGAACUUAAGAAGACGAUUUUGGAGGAGAGUCACAAAAGUAACUUAAGUAUUUAUCCUGAGGCUACUAAAAUGUACCAGGAUCUCAACAAGACGUUUUGGUGUCCAGGAAUAAAGAGAGAUGUUGUGGAAUUUGUUUAUGCGUGUUUGACUUUUCAAAAGUCGUAG